CAAGCUGCGGGUAUGCUAUUGUUAGUGUCUUUCCCAAUACGUCAAUAUCAGCGAGAUUGCUCAGGCAUCCGCUGGAGCGUUUCUGUAAACAACAAACUGCACGUUAUCUCGAACCCGUUCAUGACACGAACUUGUUGCACAGCGAGGCGGCCACCAGACGAGGGACGCCGCCAGAAAAAGGCCCGUUGCUGUCGACGAUCGAAACCGACAACCUGAUGCUUGGGACUUAUCCCAGCAUGCAGGUUGCUUCCUGACGAUAGCGUCGUAAAUGCAACCCAGAAAUCAGCAAAAUAUAUCCGGAUCAGAUGUGCCGCAGCCUCGGUGCCGCAGAGCAACUGGUGUGCGAGAAGACCCAGGCCCGAGUGAAUUUAGGGUCUAGUGCCUGGAUUCGGGCAAUCAAUGGCGAUCUGGGUGUUCCAAUCGGUCAAUUAGGUUGGUCUUCAGGCUGCCCGCGUUGGUGUGGUCGAGUGAGACGCUGUUUUGUUGUUGAGUUGACGUUGGAAGGUUGAAGCCAAGCACCAGGGCAUCUGAGACGUCUCUGGAAUCAGCCCUAACCCCGUAUCCACUAGCUUAAAGGGGCUAGUGCGCCCGUGCCUGCUCGAACGGUCGAUUGUGCACAGACCACAUCUUCAAGGCCUGCCCCUGCACACGGUGUAAAUCAUCACCGCCAAGCUUCAACAUCAUCACAGUAUGGAGUUUGUCGAUUCUUGUUCGCAUCUCCCAUCCCACUCCAGAUAUCACAUCAGCGUUGUUCCUGGAUACUCUUUGUCACCUAUCAUCCGUAUUCCGAACGGACCCGGCGAGAAGAAGAAUGGCCGCAAACUGUCACAUUCCCAACUACCGUGGCCGGAGAUACAAUCAACGAGUCUUGAUGUUAUUCCCGAGCUAUUGCUGGGCUAGAGGGGAUUGUGGGAUUCACCACUUACCUUAGUCUCAUGUUCACAACACGGUCCGGACCUCCGUGGGGAUCCUGUGGCAUCGCGCCUUGGAGGUUUGUCUGCUUCAGGUCGGCAAUUGAAAGUCACCCUAUCGACUCAGGCGCGAGGCUGCUCCAGCCAUUGGUGUGGUAGCAGCCGAGACCUUGGGACUUCUCCGACUUCUCAUGCUCGAAAGGAGUGUCUUUGAGCGAAGGAUUGGUGUCUUGCGGGCCUGGAUUUCAUCAGUGCCAUUACCACCCUUGUCGCCAUCAACCACUUUUUCCGCAGGCUCGACGCCGGUUCCCACGGGCCGGACUCACAUUCUCAUCCAUUGUAUCAGAGCCAUGUUAACGGCAUCAUAUAGGAGUGUACAUCGAAUGGCCUGAUAUAUGCUCUUGCUCCGCCUCCUAAAUGCCAGCUACAAGUUGCGGUUAAAAGUGGAUCCUCGCCUCGAUCGUUUCACCACUCCCACGGAUGUCGCAUUGUGCUGGUUGAGAUGAUCUCUGCCGGGGUGCCAAGCUGUCCCAACCCUCUGUCUUGGAAGCGGUGCCGGGAAGGCCUUCAUCUCGCCAUUGUCUACACCCGCAGACUGACAGCGUCUUGGUGCUGUUCGCAAUAUCAAAAUCCCCUGCAUGAAGAGGACGAGAUUGCGGGGGCUUCCUCUUGCCCGGGCCGGUCAUGAUGCACGAUCUCCAUCUGGUCUACCGAUUAGUCACAGACGCAUAUGAAGAUUCCGCUUUCCUGGAAGAUCUGAAAUGAAUUGGACACCAUUUGAAGAUCGAGCCAGUUCUGGAUUUUGGUUCCCUACGCGAAAGAUGGCAUCUAUCUUGCAGUGGUACGGUGACGAGACCAGCACUCCCCUGUCUGUCGAGGCCUGAUAUUGACACACAGCUACUCGGAGAAUACUAGAUCUUGAAACCUCUCUAACCUCUCUUCACACACUCAACUGGUAUGCUCGUCCGUAGGACAGAAGCAGCAGCCGGGCCGAUAUCUGUGGAUACAUGCUGAGUAAACACGGGCAACAAGGUUGCCUGUGGUUUCUUUUUCCAAUCCUCGACAGUCGAAGGACCGCGCCUCAGUGGUGCACUUGCACGUCGGUGGUAGAAAACUUCACUCGCCAUCGCAUUAAGGAGUCAACACCAUCCGGUAAAGCACUGUUCUCUCCAGCUAUCUCGAAACAGAGUGGGACUAUUCAUAGGCAUAUUCACAAUCAGAUAUGCCUCGAUGUUGAUAUCCAUCUAUCUGAUGGUUACAUACGGCUUUUCAGGACAGACAAGGCUUGCGGACCGUUACACUAGGCUGAUCCCUUGUCGCGUUGCGGCCCGCUCUGAUAUAUGUAUCACCACCUGUCUCUCACCGUCGAGCUUGCCUCUUGGGACGACGGCAAUGGAGCCACAGCUACCACGUGAUACAUGACCUCCCAUCGCUUACCUUGCUGCUAUCGGUGACGGCUACACAGCGACGAUAUUUUGAGUGGUGCUGGCAGCCAGUCGACACUCAUUGACGUGUCUUCCUACUGUUUCAGGCCGAGUUGGGAAGCAGUGAGAACAAGGUUCUGCACCCAGUCAAAGGGGGUUGAUGGAGAGUAGCGUUCGCUGGUCCCCGUUUUGUGAAGAUAAUCCUUCCAUGUCCGUGGAAUCAAUAUGGAAAGGGCGCUCUCCAUCGUGGUUGGCUCCAGCAGCAAGGUCGUGAUUCACAACCAGUCUGGGCCUGCUAUGGUUGCAUUUGGCUCGCCACAUUCCCUCUUUCGUCUAUUGGCCCCCACCCCUUCACACCACCUAAAUUGUGGCUGGCUUCCACACCAGAUUGUCGUCAUCAAAGAUUCUUCGGGCACAACAGCCUUGCCAAACCUUUAGACGCCAAGGGGCAUCAUGGGCGCAGGUUUAUUGAAAAAGCUGCACCUAACGCAGGAUCGAUCACAUUCGCAUUACAGCAUCUCACAGACCCUGACCACGCGUCCUCGUUGUUGAUCCGGGGAUAUUGGUGUGAGCAGAUCCAGCGGCUCAGUCUCAAAGGCUAUCUUGCAGGUUGCGUUAGCUCCAGAAAAUCCGAUCAGUCCGAAUCCAUAAUUCAAGGGUAGUCAGUUAUCGUGACUUCUUUGGCCUCGACUCGGCCUAUUGACACAGCGAGCUUUGACGAGUCACCGUCUUUUCUCAGUGGGUCACUCAUUGCUUUAAGAUGCCCUAUGACAUCACACCCAGAUCCAGGGCACGAAUGCCCAAGGUCAAUGCUGACGGCGUCUACACACUUGCAUAAGGUAGGUAGGUAACAUCGACACGGCUCUUAUCAAAAAGCAUUGAGAGCCUGCCGCUGUGCGCGCUGCUGCUACCAGCUGUCGACGUUGAGGCCUUUGAUGGGACGACGGGAAAGUAUCUUCACGCCCUAUCAUCUUCGGCACCCUCUCUGCACAUCACGGCCAUGUAGUCCCUGGCAUGCACCGUAGGCCAGGACCAUGAGAUACACAAGAGGAAAUAUCGUGAGUCGAUCCAGAUCGUCGGGAGUCCCAGCUGCUGCAUGGUUUGUUUGAUACUGGGCCGCUUGCGGCACGGGGACCGAUGCGACUUGUCUCCGGCCGAGAAGCAGGACGAACUACUGCCGGCAAAACGGGACCGGUGGCAGACACACACCACCGGUCAUGAUAUUUGGGUUCAGAAAGGGAAGUUGAUCGACAAUGAUAGGUCCUGAUCUAGGUACCGAAUCGUGCGAGAUGCUGGAAACCAGCUUGCCAAUCCGUGUCGAGUCCAACAAAAAUGGUGUUGUGAACGAACCUUAAAGAGGAAAGGAACUGAGCUUGGUAGCAGCGGCAGCGUUCAGCUACCACAGAGUCCAGGAACCUGGAUUGCAACCCUCCCCAACACCACAAAAAGGUUCGAAAAAGCGCUUCAAUCAUGACGACUUGAGCACAUAACGACGGAAAUCCCUUUUGUUUCCUGCCCUACCUGAAACUGGUGCUAUUACUUCACAAUCGCGAACCAUCUAAAGAAGGCAACAUUGUGCGUCUGAGCUCAGGGCUCGGGGUUCUACGCUGGAAGCAGCAUGUGGUAUUCCACUACCACCACUUUAGAGGAAAAAGAAACAGGGAAACCGGGGAACCAAAGUCUAAUUUACCUAGCAUCUUCCCAGGAUGAAUAAUCCUAGAUCAGUCGGCGGCCAGUCUGGUCGUUGAAGAUAGCGACAAUUCCACAAACGGAGGAGGCAUUAAAAUACAGCUAACCAUGAAGACCAAAUUCUCUUUCUACUACAAAAACCUCCAGACCCAGAAAAGAACCCGGAGUUUACCGCCCCUUUACAUGCACACCGCGAUCGUUUUCUGUCAAAUUCCCCUUCUCCCCCAACACCCCAACCAACCAGAAAUGUUCCAGACAUCCAGCCACCGCCUACCUACUUUACUCACACACGUGUAGUGUUACUCUACCAGAGCUGAAACUGCUUUCCCUCUCUCUCCCAAACGCAGAAUGUCGUCAUAUUACAACUUUACUUUACUAGCUAAAACCCGAAACAAGAAUCGCAAUGCAUUCAAGCAUUUUUUUUCUCUCCUUCAUUCUUCUCCAGACAAUACUACUGGCAGUGUAGUACCAUCAUCAGGUAUCAUUCAUGCUACUUGACAUGUGACCAAAUAGUCUGCUGUCAUGAUACCUUGCCACCACCACUCGACCAAUAAAUUUGACAUCUGCAACAUGGCAUGAGAAUGACAGCCUGCCAUCCAUUGCAGCUUUUCCCGGAAAGAGUUAAAGAUCGACAUAAAAAACGUUGAAGGUAACACCCUGCAAUGCCACACGAUAGCCACGAUGGAAAAUAACUUCCCUGGUUUUUGAUCUUUCUACCCCUGUUGAACUGCAUGCAGUGAGCGACGAUCACUAAGCCCCUUCAUUCAGAUGAAGAAAAGAUAGAGUGCUGAGUUUUGACACUGUCAAUCACAAUGGAGGCACGUAUCCUAUAAGUGGGCUUAUCACUUUCUUGCUCUACUAGCCACUUGUACCGUAUACCGCUUUGUCAUUAACA